AUGCCUCGGAGGGAUGUCCUCGUCUAUCUUUUGGUUGAUAUUUUACAAGAUUGAGUCUGAGCUACAUAUCAUCUGUGUUAGAAAAGGACGGCUGGAUCGUCAUUCAUGCAGAUCAUGACAAUGGGGAGACGAUUGUUGAUGAUCAUCAUCAUCUUGGCAGAUAUCAGCGCAUCAGUGCGGGCUACGGAUUGCACUUCCUUGACAGAUUGUGUGUGUACCGCCACGGAAUUCGUCUGCACUAUGAAGGCUCUUAUGGAGCUUCCUACGGACAUUCCAAGUACCGUAACUAAGAUUGAGGUAUCCAGUAACAACAUAGCUCGUCUUCGACCCAUGGGUAAUUAUACCGGCCUAAAAAGGUUGCACCUAGGGAGGAACAAGAUUUCUGAAAUCCCUGACGAUUUUCUGGCGAAGAACAUCUUGCUCGAAGAACUGUUGUUCAAUGACAACCCGAGUGCCCACAUCAAACCGCCGCUUUUUAGAAAUCUCUCUGCUCUUCGUAAUCUUUCUCUGGACAACAUCAAUGGUACAAUCUUGAACUGGCAUGCUUUGGAUGAUUUAACACAUGUUCGCAAGCUCGGUCUUGGGCAUAAUGCGUUCACGUUCAUCCCAGAAUAUGCAUUCUUGAUGACGGUUCAACUCGAAAGUCUGUUUUUGCAGUUUAAUAAGCUGUCAGUACUGCCUCCUGGUGUUUUCGACAGACUCACCAACCUAAAGUAUCUGAACCUUGCGGACAACAAACACCUCUCCAGCCUACCUGCAACAGUCUUUGGGAAUUUGAGAAACCUUCUCUACAUUGAUUUAGACAGAUGCGGCUUAACACGGCUGGAAUCGAACAUUUUCGAGAAUACAACCAAACUACUAAUAAUCGGGUUAACUGCCAAUCAAUUACAAUUUCUUCCCGGAAAUAUAUUUUCAAAAAUUACUGCCCUGAACGAACUACACAUCAGCGAUAACAAUCUGGCCCUAACCGCUGUGAACUUGUGCCCAUUGGCUGAUGUGGAACCUCAUUUGAAGACUUUUUCCGCGCGGCCCGCGCUUAAGGCACAAGUGACACAAAUGGUAAACAAUUGUCCUGGAACAGGAACACGAGUUAGGUGUUACUCCCAAAGCGAUGUGUCAGAUUACUUUUGCCAUUGUCCUAUUGGCGAGGUGUACACGGGUUCCUCCUGUGUAAGCCAAUCAAUUUGCGACGCUCGGGAUCGGUAUCAGGCUUGUAGCAAAUAUCCUACCUGCAAGGGGUCAUUGGAUGUAGGCUACCACUGUCACUGUGGAAGUGAGUUCAACCUUAUUGCAUCAAACAACCUUAAUGCAUCAAUGUGUAGCAUUGUUCCAGAGUGUUCAUUGUGUGCCCGACAAGCAAGGUGCGUCGCUACAUCCGGCAACCACACAUGCCUUUGCAAUGAAGGUUACAAAGGUAAUUCUACAGAUUGUGGAGAUAUUGAUGAGUGCCAUAUCACAACAACUAGCAACUGUCCAAGAACAAGUCGAUGUGUCAACACUCCUGGCAGUUACUUUUGUGUUUGCCUCCCUGGAUACUUGGCCAACUCGAUAGCAGAGACAGGCGAAAUUCAGUGUGACGACAUGAAUGAAUGCACCGGAAAUCCGUGUGAUACUAAUGCAACUUGUACCAAUACAGCUGGUAGCUACACAUGCCACUGCAAACAUGGAUUUGUAUCGCUGAUCGAACAAGGUGAAGGUGAUGUUCAAGGGAAAGGAGUAGUGUGUCAGGAUGAGAAUGAGUGCGUUCCUCUUCCUGGUGCUACUGUGGCAACAGCAAGAUGUCCAGUCAAUAACAAAUGUGUGAAUAGUCUUGGAAGCUAUCAGUGCGAGUGUACAGCUGGUUUUGAAUCUGUCCAGGAUACUCCCCUAGGCACCUCAACUACAUGCUUGAACAUCAAUGAAUGUCAAUCCAUCCCCUGUGACGCCAAUACAAUGUGUGUCGACACGAAUGGGAGUUACGUGUGUGUCUGCAAUCCUGGAUACUAUAACAAAUUAGCAGGGGAACCAUGCGGUAACAUCAAUGAAUGUGCAGUCGCCGGAGUUCACACAUGCCAUGGCAACGCUACGUGUGUGGAUACUGAUGGUUCUUAUACGUGUACAUGUCAGGAAGGCUUCACUGGCUCGGGAGUACUGUGUUCCCCUGUUUCAUUCGCUGCGCCGGAGGCUUUCAGGCUAAGUCUCGUGUCAGCAGGACUCUUGGCAGUCCUAGCAGUGCUGGUCCUAAUUGCGACUGUCCUAUUGGUACUCCUACACCGUGCAAGGAACCCCAGACACAUUACUCUACCGAUGGUGUCUCAACAACAUGAGAUUGACGGACUAGGAACCACCCACGAUCGCUACCAGCAACCACAAAUAGCUAUUGGUGGAUUGAAACAACCUGAAGCAUCAGCAACGUUAUUUUCUCCAGGGCCUGGCGCAGCGGAGAACAAACUGAUAGAUGGAAGCUUGAUAACAGUUAAUGCAGGUACUGAAGCAUCAGAUGACAACGGUGACUAUGAACUACUUGACAUGGCCCGUCGCCUUCCGCCACCACCGAAGGAGGACGUCGUGUAUGAGGCUGGGGGUGAUAUGGUGCACAAUGAAGGCAAUUGCGAUGAAGCGCUUCGAGACAAGCACCUAACUGAAGCAGCAGAAUCUCGUCUUACCAGCAGUGAAGCUUAUGGCUUAGCCAAGGAGGAGGACAACGUCUAUGUCAUGCCAGGAGCCAGCUUUAAACCGCCCCCAGGACAUGAGGAUAUCUACUUGAACAUGGCCUAAUCGAAAACAGUGUUCUUGCGUAACUUUUACUCCACAAAAAGGUUGCCAUUUUCGCAAUUUCGCACUUUCCGGCCAUUCUGGAUUUUAAUCUCACUGCAAUACACUGUGCUGUUAGUCACAUGAUAUGUUUUCCCUCAGAACAGUGGAUCACCAGCAAAACCAAUGAACAAUAUUCUUUUUCCGAAGUCUUUAAUGUAGCAAGUCGUUAAACGCAGCAUAUCAGUUUUUAAUGUCCAAGAUAAGCCAGCCACAGUUGGUAUAUUUGAAGCAAUGGCUUUUCCUCCAUACCCUCCCCAAGUUAUGUUGUUGUUCAAUGUUUAGCACACCGGAUUGAACAUGUUCUUUCAAAUCAUUUGCCUUCUAAUAUCGGAAACAGAAUCACACCUCAUGUUUAAAUAAUUCCCUCGAAAACAAUAAUCCAUUUUGUAAGGCUCCGAUUGGCACAUUAACGAGCCGGCGAUACUAUUGCCACCUCGACGUUACUAUCCAAAUCCUGACAUUUAAAAGCCUUUAUCGCCAUUUUGGCUUGGUAUGUGCAUGCUUCCUAUCUUUUGUACACGUUACCAUUAUUUCUUACCAAAUACAGUACGUAUUAGUUCGCAAGUAUCCACGUAAACACACACCGCCUUCAUCUUCACACUUUUGAGGUGCUCAUGUGCUUUGAGAUGUACAUGUACAUGUAUUAUCCAAAGUUCAAAAUGGCCUGUCAAUCAUGAGCAUGAACUAAUGAACAUCCUGCAUGUGUGUGUAUUUACAUGUACAUUAUGUACAUGUAUAUUGAGUUGUUUUUCACGACAAUUUUUUGCUUAUACGUGUGUACUUACAUUGUAUAGUCUCCAAAUCUAAUUUUCUACUUGUAUUCCCCAAGUCUACAUGAUUGUACAUGUGUAUUCUUUCCAAAAGGUCUUCCAUAGCA